GCAAGAACGACUUCAGACUAUAUAUUAGGCAAGUGUGUAGCCGCUAUGCUGAAUAAUAGAGCCGGAUUGGUAAUUGCAAUAUUAUGUCAGUCCCUUGGGCUAAGUCCAGAAAUAUCUUUCCCUGUCUUCGAUCCGGUAUAUAAUAAAGAGCGGUUCAACGGAUUGCCGGUUGGUUGCGAGCAUCGCUCUGUGCCUCGAGAGUAACAUACAACCACACCACCUCGUUACCGACGACGACGAAACCUACACUUGCUACGCCGACGCAAUGCCGUCCUACGUGAUAACGGGUGUUUCGAAAGGUCUGGGUUUCGCAUUCCUUAGCGAGAUCUCUAACGACCCAAACAAUACUGUCAUUGGGUUGGUCCGGGACAAGCCCACCACUGAUAAGCGAGUGGCGGCCGAACUGGCUGGACGGACCAACAUCCACAUCUUACAGGCCGACAUAACCGACUACAACGCCCUGAAGCAAGCCGCAGCUGAUACGGCGAAAAUCACAGGCGGAUCGCUCGACUAUCUCAUCGCCAACGCCGGUUAUGUCUCGCAGUUCGAUUCCUACGACCCGCUGGGAGUUUUAGGAAACAACCCAGAGGUAUUAUCUGAGGACUUGCGGAAACUCAUAGAUAUCAACGUUAUCGGGAAUAUUCACCUGUAUAACCUGUUCUUGCCCCUCAUCCUCAAGGGCACCGUUAAGAAGGUCAUCGUCAUAUCGAGCGGCCACGCCGACACGGAUUUAAUCAACCGAUACGACGUCACGACGUCGCCGCUGUACUCGAUCAGCAAGGGGGCCAUGAACGUGGUGACGGCCAAGUUCAGCGCCCAGUAUAAGAAGGACGGGGUCUUGUUCCUGAGCGUGUGCCCAGGUAUGGUGGAAGUAGGCCACUAUAGCAACUUAACCCCACACCAAGCGAAAGCCUUGGGGGAGGUCGGCUCCAAGUUCAAAGAAUACGCACCCGACUUUGCCGGCCCCUCCACCCCCGAACAAGCCGUUCGCGACGUCCGCAAGGUUUGGGAAAAUGCUACCGCCGAAAAGGACGGCGGCGCGUUCCUAUCGCACUUCGGCAACAAGCAAUGGCUAUGAUGUCCGCCAGGCGAGCAGGUCAGAUCUUGGUAGAGACGGAUGAUCGGAUAAAGGUCGAGAAAUACGUCGAAAUUUCUACGAUAGAACGGCGCAAGAAAGUUUGAACACGAACUUCCAGAUUUGUCGCCAUAAACGCAGCACUGAUU